CUCCCCGUUUCCACACUGACAGCAGCAGCAGCAGCGAGCUUCGACCGCAGGCUGGUCCGCGGAGAGAGGAGCCAGCUGACGCAGCAGCAGCAGCAGCUAGCUGUGGAGUGCCGUUGACGAGCCUUUGGUGAUCAGAUCACCACCACGACCGCCCUCAUCACCUUUAUUGUUUCUAUGUACAAUGAAGGAAUUAAACGGGCCCACCUCCUGACGUCCACUCGGUGGCCGAUGAGGGUUCUGUCGCGGCGGGGCUGACUGACAUGGACGCUUGUGACAAUAAGGAUGUGAAGCUUUCAGCCGAAGUGGAACCGUUCAUCCCACAGAAGAAAGGUCUUGAAGGAUCCCUGGUCAGCAUGAGUCUUUCUGGAGAGGCCGGUGGUGGAGGAGGGAGCGGGGGUAUGGCAGGAGGAGGUGGUGGAGGGGUGGAAACCACUCCCAUACCAAGCUACCUCAUCACCUGCUACCCUUUCGUCCAGGAGAACCAAGCCAACAGGCAACAUCCUAUGUAUAAUGGAGGGGAGCUGCGCUGGCAGCAGCCUAACCCUACCCCUGGUGGUCCGUACCUGGCCUACCCCAUCUUGUCUUCCCCUCAGCCUCCAGUGUCCAAUGACUAUGCUUACUACCAGAUAAUGCCUGCUCCAUGCCCACCUGUGAUGGGCUUCUACCAGCCCUUCCCUGGAACCUAUGCGGGUCCGGUGCAAGCUGGAGUCAUCAAUCCAGUCUCAGCAGAAGUCGGGGAGAGACCACUGCCUAUGGGGCCAGCAUAUGGGAUGGCCAGUCAGAGGGGGAGAGGCAUGGUCCGGCCUAAUGUUCUCCCAAAGCAACAGUUGCAGUUGGGUGUCUGCCAGCCUCCAAGGGGUCGCCGACCUCCAACAAGGAAUGUAGCAGUGCAGAAGGAGGUGUGCACCUUGGGGCCAGAUGGCCGGACAAAGACAGUCAUGCUGGUGGAUGCAGCGCAGCAGACCGAUUUCCCAGGUGAGGUGUCAGGGCGAUGUGCUGCUGAGCAGGCUAGUCCUCUGCUGUGGAAGAACCGAACAAAGAGGAGACGGGCGUCCCAUCCAGCUGAAGGCUACAAUGAGCAGGGGGCCAGUGAGGCAGAUAUAGACAGUGACAGCGGAUACUGUAGCCCUAAACACAACCAGGCAGCUGGGGUAACACAACGGACAGCAGAGCAUACAGCAGCACCCACGGGAGUAGAGGCGGGUGUAAUGACAGCAGAUACCUGGGUAAAUGUGGCCUCUCAGGCUACACAGAAGUCCUGGGGGGACAGGAACGGCCAGUUUCACAGAGCAGAACAGAGGAAGAAUCCUGAGCAGAGAAACUUCUCGCAGGAUUUCCACAGUGGCUAUCCAGGACGCCUGCCACCACACCAAUCAGAACAAAGACUGCAGCCGGCAGUGGGCAGUGGCACUGAGCUCACCCCAGAGCCCCUCUACUUUGAGGAUGAAGAUGAGUUUCCAGAUCUUGCUGCUGGAGGGGCUGUCCAACGCAGCACCAAACCAGAAUCUGCUCCUGCCCCGACACACACGCAGCCUAAACUGCCCAAAAACCUGCUGGAUAACCUACCAGAAAACUCCCCUAUCAACAUCGUGCAGACACCCAUCCCCAUUACCACGUCUGUUCCCAAGAGGGCCAAGAGCCAGAGGAAGAAGGCUCUGGCUGCUGCCCUGGCCACUGCACAGGAGUACUCUGAAAUCAGCAUGGAACAGAAGAAAUUACAGGAGGCCUUCACCAAAGCAGCAGGGAAAAAGAGUAAAACCUCUGUCGAGCUGGACCUCGGAGACAUGCUGGCAGCUUUGGAGAAACAUCAGCAGGCGAUGAAAGCCAGACAACUGAACAAUACCAAGCCACUGUCGUUUACAGUUGGAACAACCACUCCAUUCCACAGCUCAGGCUCGACAAAUGUGGCGUCAAUGUUGAAGGGCCAUCAGCAGCCAUACUCGGCCCCACAUAAUGCCCUGGAUUCCACUGCACCCCGAAUCAAGAGAGGGAAGGAGAGAGAGAUUCCCAAAGUCAAACGACCAACGGCCCUGAAGAAGAUUAUCUUGAAGGAACGCGAAGGGAAGAAAGGGAAGACAAGUGUGGAACAAGAGUCAACGGGCCAGGAGGAGAAUGGAGAUGAGUGUCUACGUUUUACUGAUGAUCUUACACAAGAGCCGGCCUCCCAAGAAGAGAAUGGUCUGAGUGUUCCCAGUGAUGCGUCCCUUUCCCCAGCCAGCCAGAAUUCUCCAUAUAGCAUCACUCCAGUGUCCCAGGGUUCUCCUUCCAGCUCUGGCAUCGGUAGUCCCAUGGCUUCAAAUGCUAUCACCAAGAUCCACAGCCGACGUUUCAGAGAGUACUGUAACCAAGUGCUGAGUAAGGAGAUCGACGAGAGCGUGACUCUGCUGUUGCAGGAGCUGGUUCGCUUCCAGGAGCGGGUCUACCAGAAGGAUCCCACCAAGGCCAAAUCCAAACGCCGCCUGGUCAUGGGCCUCAGAGAGGUCACCAAGCACAUGAAGUUGCACAAGAUUAAGUGUGUCAUCAUCUCACCCAACUGUGAAAAGAUCCAGGCCAAAGGUGGUUUGGAUGAAGCUUUGUACAAUGUUAUUGCCAUGGCCAGGGAGCAGGAGUUCCCGUUUGUGUUUGCCCUGGGCAGGAAAGCUCUUGGUCGCUGUGUCAACAAACUAGUACCAGUCAGUGUUGUGGGCAUUUUCAACUAUUCUGGAGCUGAGGGUCUCUUCAACCGUUUGGUGUCUCUGACAGAAGAGGCUCGGAAGGCCUACAAGGACAUGGUGUCCGCUCUGGAGCAGGAGCAGGCGGAGGAGGCGCUGAAGAAUGACAAGAAAGUCCCUCAUCACAUGGGUCAUACCCGUAACCACUCCGCCGCUUCUGCCAUCUCCUUCUGCUCCAUCUUCUCCGAGCCCAUCUCAGAAGUCAAUGAAAAGGAAUACGAGACCAACUGGAGGAGUAUGGUGGAGACUUCAGAUGCUCCAGAGCCUGUGGAGGCUGAGCAGAGUCGCCCUGCACCUUCCACAGCCGCCCAGAAAGACAGCGAGACACUGGCAGCCUCCACCAACGCCGCCCAGUCUGGCUCCACUGCUCUCCAGCCCAGGGCAGGGCCUUCGACACAGGGUACUGGUGAAAGAGACGAGGUCCGGGUUGACGACCGGCUGGAGCUGGCUUCGCAGCAGAGCACAGAAACGGGCUCAUUGGACGGAAGCUGCAGGGGUCCGCUGAACUCCUCCAUCACCUCCACCACUUCCACCCUAGUCCCCGGGAUGCUGGAAGAGGCAGAGGAGGAGGACGAGGAGGAAGAGGACUACACUCCCGCACCCAUUUCUGUGGAGGUGCCCACCCUCAGCAGCCGCAUCGAAUCCUGGGUGUCAAAGACCCUGGAAAACCUGCAGCUAGGAAAGAGCCAGGAAAGUACGGAAGAGGAGGAGGAGGAAGAAGAUGAUGAAGAGGAGAGGGGGCAGAGUGAGGACGAGGAGGACCUCGACUCGGCAGACAUCACAGAGACGGGGAUGGAGGAAAGGGAGCAAGUGGAGGCGAAGAAGGUCACUGGCUGAAAUCUCUUCUCCUCCUCCUCCCUCUUUUCUUACAUACAGUCAUUCGCUCUGUCCUCUGGCUUUUUCACAUCCCUCUUCACAGCAACCAGCAGCUUUCCUGCUUUGUCUCCAACCCCUGACACUCGUCAUAAUCUCAGGUAUCCAACCAACUGACCAACACUCAAGCGCAGCCCAUUAACACGUUAUGGAGAAGAUACUGACCAACUUACGAACACAUAGGGUCGCACACCGACUUCCACAUAACACAUUAUGAAGGAUAGUAUUUUACACUUUCUCAGCCCAUAACCUGCUACACUUGAAAUCAGAGGGAAGAUUUUUGAUCUCUCUUCCUCCGAACCUGAGUCAAGAACUUUUCUGGGAGCAAGUGAUGAGCACUUAAAAAAAAAAAAAGUAAACUGCUGUCUGUAGCUCACAGAGAAGGAAGGUUGACACCUUUCAGCUCCCAUCGUACUUUAUACAGAGACCUGAAAGGUUUACAUUGUGUGUGUGUGUGUGUGUGUGUGUGUGUGUGUGUGUGUGUGUGUGUGUGUGUGUGUGUGUGUGUGUGUGUGUGUGUGUGUGUGUGUGUGUGUGUGUGUGUGUGUGUGUGUGUGUGUGUGUGUGUGUGUGUGUGUGUGUUGCUGUGUUCAUUAGCUUUACUUUUUGUAAAUGUGUGUUUAUCUUUCACCUCACCUAAGGGAGGAGAGACAUGCAUUUCUUACUUAGUGCUCGGUUGGUAUUUUAACUUUCCUCACAGAAUAUUACAGUGUCAGGGGUUCUGUCUUUCUACCAAAACCACUCCCACCCAUCAGUCUUCUGAGUGUUGUUUUGAAAUGUUCAAAAUACUUUCUUUCUUUUGUUUCCAUUCUGCAUUCAGAUGAUUCAAAUGCCCUAACUUCUAAGAAGCGAAACAAGCUUUGUGUAUAUAAACUUGUCUAGGUGGUUCUACUACCGUAUGUAAUGAUGUGUCAUUGAUUUGCUAAGUGUGAAGCUAAUUGGGGUUUGUUUCCUCUGACUGGAACUGUCCUCAGUUCCCAGAUGUUGCCUGUGCUUAAAAAAGAAGAAGAAAAAAAAGUGCUCCUGUUCUCUCUAAUGGUGUCUGUUCUCUGAUUGGGACGUUACCCCCCGAGUCUGUCAGUUAGUAGUAAAGUUACUCAUUCGAGUAGUUUGCAGCAUUAUGAAAGAACUGGGAAACUAGAAAGGUGACAAAGUCCAAUUUUAAACAGUAUUACUUACUACUUUUUUUUUUUUAAAGCAUCAAAUGAACCUAUAGGGACAAGCAGUUGUUUAUUGGUAUUCAUGAAGUUUACAUGUGUCGAAGUUGACGAAGGAAAAUCAGACAUGGUGAAAUGAAUCAAGCUCUAUAGUCCGAUUCUAUUGACACACUUUGUAGCCACCUAGCUACAACCACCGGUCUUAAGUCCUGAGAUUCUCUCUCCUCAGCACAGAGUCACCACCAACCAGUCAUCACAUUGUCCCGCACAUGCUAAUUAUAAACCCUUGUAAAUACGAGUGUACAAAAGAGAUUUUGGUUUUGCAUUGUAUUUAAAAAAAAAAAAAACAAUCAUCCUGUUCUUAAAGCCAUUUGAUAGUUUUAACAUUUUAGCAGUUGGAAUCCAAUUUGACAAUGGUAUUCGAUAGUGAAUCCUAGUGAGAUUUCAGCAGCCUGUCUUCGAUGGUGCGGUGUGUGAGCGCAGUGUGUCGGGCUGUAUAUGCAAUGUGAAGCCCUGAGAUGGGAGAUUGACGGUGUACUGAAUGUCAUUCUUGGGAUUAUGCGAGUAUUUCUGGUUUGAUAAAAGGUACGCUGUGUAGGCUCUUUUGUUCCUAUGACUUCCAUCAAAGUGUUUCCAGUAUGUUCAUUGACAGCAAGUGUGUUUUUUUUGCACUAUGUAAAUAUAGUAACGGUAAAAGGUCUUGUAACUAAUGUGAUCAACAAAAACAUAACGCAAAAAAAAAAACGGUUCAAUGAAGUACUUUUUUUCAGCGUGUUUUUCGUCUUUAUAUGGAUAUUUAAGGCCGUCUCCUUCAGACUGUACAUCACUAGCAACAUUGUAAGAGGCUGUUUCUCAUAAUCCUGUUAUCACUCUUAAUCUGUAUGAGCAGAUGAUUAACAUCAUUAAAAUGUUGUUUAAGUAAAUCCACAAAUGAUGCCUCGUCAUUCGUUCACUGUUAAUCAGCGUGUACAAAAAUUACUUGUGUGGAACUGAAACGGCAAAUAAAUGUGCUUUUCUCUCUGUA